AUGACAAUGUCGAUGUAUUCGACAACGGAUAAAAUGAAAAUGUCAGCGCCCAGUUGUUUUCCAGGACGCUACAGUCCAUCCUAUCGAAGUUCAGAACAAAUGCGACGCUGCAUGCCAAAUCCAUCUAGUCGUUUAUUAGAAGAUGCUUCCCUAUUAUGCAAUUCGUGGUCAGCACGUCAGAAUGGUGAUAUUUUUGCGGGUAUCAACGAUGGCAUACUCAGCAGAGCGGAGGCCCUCGCCGCCGUCGAUAUGCAGAAACAUCAAGCUCAGCAUGUACAUAGCCAAAUGCCCUCCCAAAUCAAGCACGAUGUGAUGUAUCAUCAUCAUACAAUGAGUGGACCCCCGCAACGUCAAUUACAGAUGCAUCAUUCGAUGGAUCAACUGGACAUGCUGGAUCCGACGGGCCAGAUGACAACGCUAGCGCCCAUUUCGGAGUCACCUCUAACGCCCACACAUCAACACCUGCACGGUUCCUAUCACAGUAUGAAUCACAUGAUGAGCCACCAUCAUCCGGGCACGUUAAGUGGCCACACGGCGGGGCACCAUGGACACUCAGCGGUACAUCAUCCUGUCAUAACGGCGGCAGUGGCAGCCGCUGGCCUGCAUCCCGACACAGACACCGAUCCGCGUGAGCUGGAAGCGUUUGCGGAACGUUUCAAGCAGCGGCGCAUUAAGCUGGGUGUCACACAGGCCGAUGUGGGCAAGGCCCUGGCCAAUCUCAAGUUACCUGGCGUCGGUGCGCUGUCGCAAAGCACAAUCUGUCGAUUUGAGAGUCUGACGCUGUCGCAUAAUAAUAUGAUAGCACUGAAGCCCAUCUUGCAGGCGUGGCUGGAGGAGGCUGAGGCGCAGGCGAAAAACAAGCGACGCGAUCCGGAUGCGCCCAGUGUGCUGCCGGCGGGCGAAAAGAAAAGGACUUCCAUUGCGGCACCUGAAAAGCGUUCCCUGGAAGCCUACUUCGCCGUCCAGCCGAGACCAUCCGGUGAGAAAAUCGCUGCCAUUGCCGAAAAGCUGGAUUUGAAGAAAAACGUGGUACGCGUCUGGUUCUGCAAUCAACGCCAAAAACAAAAACGUAUAGUUAGUAGUGUAACACCAUCAAUGACUGGACACGGCUCAGCGGGAUUCGGGUACUGAUAGUCAUUUAUGACGGCGGCAGCAGCAGCAGCAGCAGCAGCGGCGGCAGCAGCAGCAGCAACGGGCGCAACCGCAACACCAAUGUCCACAACAACAACAGCAGAGGCAGCGAUGUCAGCGAUGUCAGCGGGAUGUCAGUCACUGCCUAUCAUGGGUGAUUAUUAUCUCUAGGGUUACGAUGCGGAAUCGUUUGCCGUUUGUCGGAUAUAGGAUUCAAUACAAUUGGAUGACGUUUUGGCCAGCAAAAUCAGCAUUUACCACAAACACCAACAACAGCAACAACAACAAGAACUUCAACAACAACAACAACAGCGACUCCCUUUACUUCUUUUCUUCAUUUCUUAUUUCUCACAGUUUGGCAGCUAUUGCACCAAUCUUACACACACACCAACAACAACAACUACUACAACAACAAAACACCAACAACAACAACACCACAGACACACAUACACAAGAUGAACUACAAGAAUUUUUAGGAACGAAUUAUGAAACAAUGGACCAACAUAUCAAAU